UACUGCAGCACGGUAAACGGAGACCCUCGUCGUCACGAAACAAAUACGUACCAGAAUCGGCAGCCAGUCGUCGUCUUCAGUGUUGGAAUCGUGCUCGGUAUUGGGGCAGAAAGCGGGCGAUGGUCUAGGUGAUGGUCAAUGUUCAAGGGUCACAUUACCCUUUGUGUCGCUGACCACGAUGACGUCCAAGGCCAACGUUCUCCUCCUUCGCGAAUCUACGCCGUCCUCCGACAGUGGACAGGACCGGUAUGAAGCCAUCUUUACUGCAGCAAACUACACGCCUUUCUUGAUUCCAGUACUCGAGACCGUGCUCACGAAUAUCAAUGAACUCGCAUCAGUAACGGCGCAGGGCAAUUUCGAUGGAGUUGUCAUGACCAGCGCACGUUCAUGCGAGGCCUGGUACCAGGCGAAUGGUGCAGCCAAGAACGAAUGCCCGUUCUACGUUGUCGGGAAGGCUACAGCCUCGACACUGCGUUGUACUAUUCCCAACGCCGAUAUCCGUGGAGAAUGCUCAGGGACAGCAGAGCAACUCGCCAAUUUCAUUCUUGCAGAACGGCCUCGUCCAACGAAAUUACUGUGUCUCACUGGCGACAAGAAUCGUGACACGUUGUCUAGCAUCCUUGGCGCCGCAGGAGUGUCUCUGUAUUCUCUCAAGGUGUAUGAGACCCAAGGCAGCUCGACAUUCUCUCAAUGUUUGAAGGAGAUCGUACCGGAGAGACCGACGACGCCGUGGUGGAUCGUGUUCUUUGCACCGUCUGCAGCGGAAUUCGUUCUAUCGUUUGUGAAGGAAGGAUUUGACCUGGAUUUAGUGAAGAUUGCUGCGAUUGGGCCAACCACUGGGACAUUCUUGCGCGAGACGGUGAAGCUUCGUGUGGACGCUGUCCCUGCUAAACCGUCGCCAGAGGAGCUGGUGAGAGUGAUUGUGAGCGUGGAUGGGGCCCCUUGAUGAACAGGAUCAUGAUGUAUUGCAGGCUUCGGUAUGAAACCAUGCGAAGCCACACGAUAGAAAUCGUUCUUUAUAUUUUUGCUACUGUUGCUUGCGGGCGAUGAGCAUCCUUGGGACCUUC